AUGCUACGCUGGCAGGCUCCACCGUCCUCAUCUUCAUCCGCCUCCAGUUCAAUAUCUUCUCAAACUACAUCGCCAUCUGGAUCAUCGCUGUCGUUUGCUUCUUCCUCGUCGCGAUCUACUCGUCCUACACUCCGUGUUUGGACCCCCAAUGAAGAUGUUUUCCUCACUGCUGCCGCCUCUCAACUGGAUGACCCCUCACUAAGCAAUGCCCAAUUACACUGCGCUUUGGCGGAUUUAUUUACAGACCGAUCUACAGAAGCAAUUCGUCGGAGACUAGGCAGGUUGGGAUGGCGUCGUUUCUCAGUAUCAACUCCGCCAAUUAUUCAAGUUGAACGCCUCCCACAUAUACCCAACGCUGCUAAUCCCUCUAUUGAUGCCUCCUCUGAUGUCCCAAGCCACAAUGAUGUUUUGCCAAUCGAUGAUUCCAGCGAGAGUAGCCUAUCAUCUGACUCGACAAACAAUUCUGCUUCUCCUGCCUCAAAUGACGUUCAUCAACCAGUUCCCGCUUCGAU